UGUGGAUUAUGGUCUAUUGAGUGUUGAGGUGCAGCAACUUGUCAGCACAAACAAUCCACCAAUAGCAAGUCACAUUCAUUAACUCAGCAUGCUUUUCAGUUUACCAUCCCUAACUAAAAAUUUAAUUACCAUACCGUUAACCCCUUCCAUUUCUCAUUAAUUACAAACCUCACCCUAUACAUUCACACACAACCACGCUCCAACGUUAGUAUUUCACUUCUUCUUCUUCUUCUUCCUCUCUCUCUUUCUCUCUGCAACAAUGUCUGCAAAACCCUCUCACCUCAUUGCUUCUGUUACUACACUUCUCCAUUUCCUUCUCCUUGUUCAAUGUUCCACCAACCCAGAUUUCGAACCACUCAUGGCUUUCAAAACCGCUUCAGACACAAACAAAACUCUCACAUCUUGGAACACCACCACCAACCCAUGCACAUGGCACGGUGUCUCCUGCGUCGGAGACCGAGUCACGCGACUCGUUCUCGAAAAUCUCCACCUCCAAGGCUCCAUCGACCCGUUAACCGCUUUAACUCACCUCCGAGUCCUCAGCCUCAAAGGAAACCGCUUCUCCGGUCCACUUCCCACCACUCUCUCAAACUUAGCCUCUCUCAAGCUUCUCUUCCUGUCUCACAACGAAUUCUCCGGCGAGUUCCCGGCGAGUCUGACGUCACUCUUCCGCUUGUACCGUCUCGAUCUGUCUCACAACAACUUCUCCGGCGAGAUUCCGGCGACGGUAAGCCGCUUGACCCACCUCCUCACUCUCCAUCUCGACGAGAAUCAAUUCUCCGGCAACAUUCCCAACAUCAACCUCCCAGCGUUGCAGGACUUCAACGUCUCCGGUAACCGCCUCUCCGGCGAGAUUCCAAACACCUUAUCGGGUUUCCCCAAGUCCUCAUUCGGGCUAAACCCGUCUCUCUGUGGAGCUCCGGUGGAGCAAUGCGCGGUGGAACCGAGAAAACCCGGAUCCCAAGGCACCAUUGCUUCGCCGUUAGUCCCAAGCGGCGCCGUUCCGACCACCGUGUCAUCUUCGCCGAGCGCAAUGCCAAAGUCACCACCGUUAACUGGAAGCCAUUCGAGGAUAAGCCCGGUGGCUUUGAUAGCGAUUAUAGUGGGUGACAUUGUGGUUCUCUGCAUAGUGUGUGUGCUUCUGUAUUGCUAUUUCUGGAGAAGCUACUCUGCUAAAUCGAAAGAAGGAAAAGGGUCGAAGCUUUUUGAGAGUGAGAAGAUUGUUUUCUCAUCUAGUCCUUACCCUGCUCAAGCAGGAUUUGAGAGGGGUCGAAUGGUGUUCUUUGAUGGGGAGAAUCAGAAGAGGUUUGAGCUGGAGGAUUUGCUGCGAGCUUCUGCGGAAAUGCUGGGGAAAGGUGGGUUUGGAACGGCGUACAAAGCGGUGCUUGAUGAUGGUAAUGUUGUUGCUGUCAAGAGGCUGAAAGAUGCUCAGGUUGCAGGGAAGAGGGAGUUUGAGCAGAAUAUGGAGGUUCUGGGAAGGUUAAGGCACCCCAACAUUGUUAGCUUGAGGGCUUACUAUUUUGCAAGGGAUGAGAAGCUUCUGGUCUAUGAUUACAUGCCAAAUGCUAGUUUGUUCUGGCUUCUUCAUGGGAACCGAGGACCAGGAAGAACCCCAUUGGACUGGACCACAAGGCUGAAGAUAGCAGCAGGAGCGGCACGAGGCGUGGCCUUUAUCCACAGUUCGUGCAAGUCCCUUGGGCUUACCCACGGUAACAUCAAAUCCACCAACAUUCUCAUUGACAAGCAGGGAAACCCACGGGUUUCUGAUUUUGGGCUCUCCAUCUUGACGGGCCCAGGCCCAUCAGGCGGGAGAUCCAACGGCUACCGUGCGCCGGAGGCAUCGGACGGUAGGAAACAAUCUCAUAGGUCUGACGUGUACUCAUUUGGGGUUCUCUUGCUGGAGUUGCUGACAGGGAAGUGUCCCUCCACCUCGGAUGGUGGUGGUGGGGCGGUGGACCUGCCGAGGUGGGUCCAGUCAGUGGUGAGGGAGGAGUGGACGGCUGAGGUGUUUGAUUUGGAGCUGAUGAGGUAUAAGGAUAUUGAGGAGGACAUGGUGGGGCUGCUUCAGAUUGCUAUGGCUUGCACUGCGCCUGCACCUGAUCAACGGCCUAGGAUGAGCCACGUGGUCAAGAUGAUUGAUGAGUUGCGUGGGGUCGAGGCGUCACCUUGUCAUGACACGUGUGACUCCGUGUCUGAGUCACCCUCAAUUUCUGAAGACACACCUGUGGUUGAACUCACUAGGCAGUAGUUUAACUUAGCUUUGAUUCUCAUUAGGUAUGGUAGUAUUAUAAAUCAGAUUAUUAGGGUUUUGUUUUUGUCAAAUUUUGGUCUUAUAUUCCUUGCUUGAUGAUCCUGUAUUCCUGUGCCUAUUUUUCUGAAUGCUGAGUUAAUUUUUAAUUUAAGUUUUUUAACUAAUUAAAGUAA